AUGGCCUUGGCAGCUUUGAAGACCAGAGAGAAGAUGGAGGGACAGUGGCAAGCACAUGCAGACGUUGGGAAAGGCCCUCCAGUUACUCAGCCUGGGAGCUGUGGGAAGAAUGGGGCAAGUCUUGGGCAGAAGAGCCAAGAAGCUGCAGCCAGGAGUUCAGAGGUUCAAUGCUGUGACUUCAGAAAAGUGGAGUUCCAGGAGGGGAAAAGUCCCCGAGAUGUUUGCUCUCAACUUCACCUCCUUUGUCGUCAAUGGCUGCAGCCAGAAAGACACACCAAGGCUCAGAUGCUGGACCUGGUGCUCCUGGAGCAGUUCCUGGCUGUUCUUCCCCCAGAGAUGGAGCAAUGGGUGCGGGAGUGUGGAGCGGAGACCAGUUCCCAGGCGGUGGCCCUGGCUGAAGGCUUCUUGCUGACCCAGGAGGAGGAAAAAAUGGAAGAUUAUUUGCAGGGUGUCGUGUCUUUUGAGGAAGUGGCCGUGUAUUUCUCCAAGGAAGAGUGGUCUCAGCUGGAUCCUGCCCAAAAAGCUCUCCAUGGGGAAGUCAUGCUGGAGAAUUCCAGGAAUCUGUUUUCUCUGGAACAGUACCUAAGAUGUUACAUCACCUACCAGCAGACUAAUUGGGCAGAGCUUCUGCCGUUUGCAGAGGUGGCAUACAACAAUGCCAUACACAGCAGUACGAGCCAUACCCCCUUCAAGGUGGUGAACUGGGUGGAAUUUGUCCUGAUUCCCACGUUCCCUCAGGUGCCCCCCUCCUUGUUUAGCCUGACCGAGUGGUUCAAUACUCUGCAUGGAGUCUGGGGCAUAGUGAAGUGGGCAUUGCUAAAAGCAGCCAAGACCCAGAAACUCCACAUGGUUAUGAAAAGCUUACCACAAAAACCAUUCCAUGUAGGAAAGAAGAUGUACAUCUCCACAAAAUAUUUGAAACUGAAACUGCCAUGCAGAAAGCUGGGCACAAAAUUCCUGGGUCCGUUCCCUGUAGUUAGGGUAAUCAAUCCAGUCACGAUGGAGCUGAAGCUUCCUCACCUACUGCUGAAGGUCCAUCCAGUCUUCCAUAGCAGCCUGCUGAAGCCAGUGGUGACAUCACGCAGUAGGCCCUCGACCCUCACUGUUCUGGCCUAG